GGGACAUGAUGCCAGCAUGACUAGCACAGUUUCACUUACUGGCUCCUUGAUAAUACCACGUAGCCUUUCUCCUUGCUAAUACCACAUAACUGGUAGUCGGCUCACGGUGGCUUUGUAUAAAAGUUACCCUUAUUUUAAAUAGGAGAAUGUCGAAGCUUCGUCGAGCUUUAUUCAUCUUUCUCGCUGAGGUGGACAAAGUUCCAUUUUUAACAUUUUUGAAUGUACUCCAGUUUUGUUGUCUGCAGAGGCUCAUUUGAAGUGUUUUUACCUUUUUUAGGUGUACAUGCUUUACCUAAAUGACAUUGGAACCGCUGGUAAGUUAAACCUGUUUCAUUUCCUUCUAAGUUAAGUAAGCCGAGUAAAUGACUUCAACGCCUGACACAGUAUCGGAUGAUAAUUUCUUAGCGACAGUGUGUGAUUCAUCGAUGACUUGCCUUAAAUACGUGAUUCUUGUGAAAACUCGUAGGAAGACUAUGAAUCCAACAAAAAUAUUGUCCUUGAGGGUGCUGUAAGAAUAGCAGUUCAGCAUAUGAAUAUCAUGUUCGAAACUUACCCUUAGUACGCGUCUGUAUCAGCGAGGAAAAGGUCGCCAUAGAGGGCACAGCAUAAACAAAAUUAGUUUCUUCGUUGCUUCGUCGGUGGUCAUCUCAAAUUAAACCUGACCCGGUUGAUGUUUCAGUUCUCUCUGUAUAACAUAUGACGGUAAGUUAUGAGAACGUCACCUUCACCUGACAUUACUUCAACUGAUCGAGGAGCGUUAGGCUAAGGAAUCUUGACCACUGUUAGCAGUAUAAUCACUGGCUAUUGUCAAAUUUUGGCUAGGAUAUUAAUAGCUGAAAUUGAACUGAGCACUGGGAAUCGAUAUUCAAUUUAAACUUCGGAAAACAGUGUUUUCUAUCGCUAGGAGGUUGACACGCAAAAACGUCUGGACAGCGAGAACUGAGAAAAUUAACUGUUACGACAUUAGCGUUAUUAACAAAAAUAGAGAUGAAACUCUCCCACGAAAAUCACACGUAAAUGACUUCCUGAAGUGCAGAAAAAAAAACUGAGCAAAAUGAAACCUCGGCUGAUAAGAACUGUUAAAUGAAUGUUUUUCGGCAAAAGCUCAAGGAGUAAGGAAUCUGAGGUUUUCUUCAUUUUCUUUCCCAGUUUUUUUUUAUCCAAAAUGUAAUGAUAUUUAAGUAAAGAACUGUACUCGUGGUAAGCGUUGCGGUUUUCUUUUAUAAUCCGGAUGAAGAAGAUAAUAUGGAUUUAAUUAGCGGAAGGAAAAAUAAAUACAUUGUUAUCUAGUUAGUCCUUUUAACUCUAUAUUUUUUAUUUUCACUCUGUUUUUAAAUUAUUAUUUCCAAGAUUUAAAUGACAUUAUACUUAUGUUUGAAAAGUUAUUUUACAAGGGUUUUUGAAAAUUCGAUAUGUGAAAUACUUGCGAAAUUGUCCGAACACUUGUGAUUGGGAAGGCGUAUUCCUGCUGGAUGACCGCCUAAGCUUCCCAACAUCCGGUUUAAAGCCAAAUAAUAGUCGUAUACUGUAUAUCAAAUGCUGGUUGAUAGAGAUUGUGUUGUAGUUUCAAGUUUAGUAUUAUUCUUAUCCACCUGGUAAAAGCGCGAGUUCACCCUCGUCCGUUUAUGUAGCCGGUUUUGCACUUGGCAGCAGUUUGAUGGUGUUCAUGUUUAUUUUCAAUGGUAAAAAAAGCCACAAAUUUGGCGAUUUGAAAGGCUACGUCUAGAGCACAAUCUCUAACACAAACAGAGUAUGGAAAACCUGUGGCAAAACCUAUCAUUAAAAUACCAGCCGCUUUAUCUUGACAAUUUGCACUUGGGGCAAGUUUCCAAAGCUGCAUGUACAUACUCUUACUUUUGUUUCCUAAUACUUAAAGCUUGUCUUUUGCAGAUGCUUUGCUUUGCCAUCGAGGAGGUUCAUUUCCAGAUCCAAAUGAUUGCAGAAAGUUUUACUACUGUCCUAUUGCCAAUGGAAAAAAUGCUUACCAUCACACGUGCCUAUCUGAUAGGCCACUUUUCAAUGCAACUUUACAAGAUUGUAUCAACGCUCCAGGUGCGAGUUCUAUUACACUUAAAAUUUGUCCUAUAAAAAGUAUAAAAAUAUAGCUCCAAACUUACCCCUAAAACUUUCAAGGAGUCAGCCAAAAUUUAACAGCAUUUUCUGAAACUUUGCACCGACGAGACCUAAAUGUUCAUUACCCCCUUUGUUUACUGGUCAACUCUCACUUAAUGGAUAACCGUAUUGAGACCGUCAGCUCCCAAACGGACACCCAUGUUGCGUACCAUUCAGGACUGGUAAAAUUCCGCUCUGAUAUUGCGUUAAGCCUAUAUGCAGCAAAUCAGUCCCUUCUACAGAAAAACAAGUCUCGAAGGCCUGGAUCUGGUCUCAAAGAUGGGUUGAAACAAAAUGGAACACGAAUUCUCAUUUGGAAUAUUCCGUCCGGAAAAAUAGGAGUACACUUUUCAGACGCUCUGUUGCUCCCGGAAAAGUGGUGUUUCAUACUUUACAACAGGAGUUUUCGUGAACUUUUCCAUCCAAGAGUUGGAAAAAAACAUGGUCUUCAUCCAAUUACUCAUUUACGAAACUUUGGUCAUACCUUUUAAGUUUGAGAAGGAGUGCCUUUGAGCUCAGUAUUUACAAGGAAAACUGUUAGUAAUAAAUUAUUGGUCAAUAUGAACAGUGUAUUACUUAUUAGCUUUCCUUUACAUUGUGGAUUAUUGAUACGUUAUAAAAUUUUCCUAACGUUGAACUGGGAAACUUCAGUUGCUUAAAGAGUCCCAUUCUGAUUAGGGAGGAAAUACGUAAUGUUACUUAAGAACACUGAAAGAACAAUUAUACGCUCAUGUGGCAAAAAAAGCAAGAUGCCAAUUCACGCAGUUUCUCCAUAAUCAAGAAAGCUGUGAACUUCACGUUGGUCUAGCAAUAGGCCUUAUUACGUGUUCUCGUCAGUCGAUGUCAGUGCAGUGCACUUUUAAGUUACUUUUAAUUCAAGUUUAGAUUUAUUGCUUGUUUUGUGACAUGCAUCAUUGUUUUUUCUUUUUCUUUUGUGCAGUUUUUUGUUCCACUACAGUAAGACCGUCUCCGACACCGUCUCGACAAACUGGUGGGUUGAGCCCCAGUGUUAAAAUGUCACCAUCGUCAACAGUCAGUAUCUAUUACACUCCUCCAUAUACACCAUCGUCAACAGUCAGUAUAUAUUACACUCGAUACACUCCAUUGUCAACUCAAGUGGGAUCAUUGGUCUCAACAUCGACUGUUUCUGGUAAGAAAAUCUAAUGUACUGAAUAAUCGAUUAUUUUCAAAUUACAAUCAAAAAUUUUCCCAAAGAGUUUUUCUAAUUUAUCUCUGGAUUUCUUUUGUAACGUCAAGCUUUUUGUUAGAAUUUCCACAAAACUAAUUAGCCAACUCACAAUUUCAAUCUGUCAAUAAAGUGUCGCUAUAAAUAGUAUUAGUUGGAUAUCCAACCGAUAAAGAGUCACGCCGUGCCAAGUUUUUUUCAAUGCCCCCUUCCGAAUGAAUCAAGAUUUAAUUUCUUUUCAAUUCAUGAUUUGCCGACCGUCUGCCCACACCACUUCCUGAAAUUUAAUGGCACAAGUGAGAGACUGUUUUUACCCUCAAAUAUUUUUGUUUUUCUUUCCUUCAGUUUCCACAUCUUUGAAGCCACCUAUCAAUCAGAUUAUUUGUAGGUCAAUGCCUUUGGAAAAAAGGGUAGGCGAAACUAAUCUGCAACGGCGCCACGGUCGUUUUCAUUUUAACGGCACUUAAAAUUUAUGGCACAUUGAAAGUUCUUCAGUCUUCCAUAACAGUAAUAUCUUUAAUAGGUGACCCAAGCCCUUUCCCCAUGUUUUUUUAACGUUUAUACCACUACAUGAGAAAUUUCUGCAAUUUAAUUGGCUUAGAGCAAUGGUAUUUCAGCUUAACUUGAAAUACCUACAUGUGAAAAUUACAAGCCUUUUGCGGGUAGUAGUAUAAACAAAUAAUAGCAUAAUUUGUACGUUAAAUUUGGCACAAAUACCACUCGUGAUAUUUCAAAAUUGUAUCAAAAUCAAAAUUACGCCUAACAAUUUUGAAAUAUCUCUCGUGGUAUUUAUGCCAAAUAUCACUACUAAUCAUGCUAUUACCUGUACUAAUUCAACUUGGGCUUAAAGGGGCUGUGUCGGCACGGCUAGCUAAUUAGGUUAUCCUGCCAAUAGCCCACGUUCGAUAUAUUAAAAUUGUAAUAUGUCCUCCGAGGCUUUCUGGUCAUUUUUCCUAUAUUUGGUUUUGUUUUCUUUGCGCUCAAGUCUCUUCUGGGAAUUUCGAGACAAUGGAGUCGUUAAACAUUUACAAUUUUGACCUUAAAUGCAAUGAAGUCAUGUUAGAAUUUUAAUAUAUCGAACAUGGGCUAUUACUCGUCAUUAUUCGCGAUGGAACUUAAAAAAAUAGAAAUAAAUUGUGAAUUACAAAAUCACAGCUUUGUUUCGAACAGGUAUGUCUCUCAAGCAUUAUAGCAACCGCUACAAACAAGAACUGAAUGUACUUUGAAGAACUAUUAGGCUAGCAAGUUUUUGCAAAAAGCGAUUGCACCGUUCCAAUCUUCUUCAUGUUUGUUCAUCAUUGGCUCUUUUUGUAUUUUUUAUGUUAUACGUUUCGAGUUGUUAUUUUUAUGUUACACUCAAUUUAGUGGCAGUUCCCAGUGAUUGAAUUUUGAUAAAUUUCAUGACACAGUUUCUUUAAUUCAACAAAAUCCAAGUUUAAUUAAUCCAAGGUUAUUUUUUCCAUCCUUAAAAAAAAUACUCAGUUUGGUGCUUUCCUAUUUUACUAAAGAACUAUUUCGAUGUUUCACUCAAUUUCAGUAUAAUUAAGUAAGUUGCCAAGUAUCUAAAAUGAUAUUUAUCGGCAAUUUUUUAAUUACUGUGGCGAUGUUUCUAGUUGCGUUGCAAGCAAUAAUUAAACUAAAUAUUUUAAAUUUUUGUCACUACUCUAGCCUAAGAAAACAGCCGACAUUUCCUGACGCCUCCACUUGUCUCCCCGUGAAAUGACGACGCGUCACUAGGCUCCCACGCAGGCGUUCCUAGGGAAGCUCGUUUUUCAUCCCACCCCUGGGGAGGGAUGAAAGACGAGCUCCCCUAAAAAUGCCUGCGUGGGAGGCUAGUCACUAUCCAGAUCUGGGUGGUGCUUUGGGGCGCUUUCCAUUCAACAAAAAUUUCGGUUUGAAAUUUUGGAAACCUCACGAGCUCAAUGGAAAGUACAUUCAGGUUCCAGAGACCCGACCCCAAGGCACCCGCGCGUUUUGUUAUUAGGCAGAUUUUAGCAACAGAUCGGGAACGUCAGUUGACGACGGUGCGCGCAAAUCAAACAACUGGCUUGACCAAUGGCACAGCGGCAAAUUAAGCACCGGAAGUCGAGUUUAGUCCUUACCGCGCGCUUUCCCGUCGUCAAAUGACGUUCCUGUUCUGUUGCUAAAUCAGUGGCUUCGCAUCAGACUCUAAAAAGAGGAGAGUAAAUACUGUUUAUAUCCUAAAGAACACUCGACCGUCGAAAAGGGGCGGUGGAAAACUUAAGGCGGAGGAAUCCUAUUUCGUGUAGAAACCCACAUUUUGAAAGCUAAGAGUAUGAAUGCUAGUGAAUGUAAAAAAACUUUCGUGAAUUGAAGCGAUACGUUUCUCAGAAUAUUCGAAAGAUUCGAAGCAAUUCCUGGAACUGUACGGUAAAUAAAUUCGGUGUUUUGGUCAAAUUUGUAUUCAGCGAGGCUUUGUUGCAUGUAUUUCAGCUUGAUAAACUGUUUUAGUUAAAUAUCGUGGACAGGUUUAAUUUCAGACAGAUAAUACGCUGAUUCUCACGGACUUUUAUACAAUUGUAGCUUGAUUACACACAUUUUGUUUUCACCUACAUGUCGAGUUGCAUCAGUUAUUUGACAGUGUUAAUGGCAAAUAUCAAAAAUCGAAAGAAAUUGCAACUGAUUCAAACUAUUUGAGAUGCCAUGCUUUACUCUCAGCACUUCACUUUCCUUUCGAAACUACUUGUUUCAAAAAUGGUGUAUAAAAGGGUAAUGGACUGAACCUCAGGGCAGAGCGUCUCCUUAUGAAAGUUUGUUGAGUACCCCUCCCCCGUCUGCCAGUAGUAGAUCCAAGGCAUAAUAAUUAGAGGAAAAAUUAUGGUGACCUAAUUUUACUCCGAUACUGAAUCAACUCCCUGCACAUUUUAUUUUCUCGUGUAACAUUAUGAAUAAAUGAUACUGGAUUUCAAAUUUUAAGAAGAUACAACUACAAAUAAAAAGUAUUUUGGAACGUGCUCGUUCUUCUAAAGGCUCAAAAUAUUAUAUGAUGAGGAACGUGUCAGCGGGUUUCUGGGUGUCCAGCCUACAAUCGGCGACAAAAUUGUUGAGACAUUGUACUUAAAUAGGGUAAUUUCGGAGAACAAAAGAAUCCGCAUCCCUCCCCUGUCCCCUCCAUUCAAAGUUGGGGUGUUUGUUGUUUUCUACAGGUAGCUAGAACAAGGGCACAACAUUGCACGGAGGGGAUGGGGGAGGAAAGCUAUAUUUCCUUCCUUUGAAGUUAAUUAAACGUAAAAAAGCCCAGUUUUGGGCGAAGUGUCUCAACUCAUUUUGUCGCCGAUUGUAGUCCUUGCUUUUAGUAAGGUUUCUUGGUGUAAAAUAUUUAUUUUAAUCCUUUUAUAUUUUUCUCAUAGUUCACUUGUUUCAAAAAUGAGGCUAAAAUUUCCAGGGAGAGACUGAAAAAUGGCACUUCAACCAUAGUGAUACGGGAAAUAUUAAAGGUAAUCUUGAGAAUUUGAAAGUCAUUCCAGUUUUGGCCUCCGGUAUCAUGACUUGACGCAUUGCGACUAAGCUAUUACCACUUUGGGAGUAUAACUAUUUAGUUGUAAGUUGGUGAGGAAAUACGUUUUGAAAGAUGAAUAAUUGACUAAAGAACGAACAAAUCAUGAAAGAUUAGCAACAUGGAUGAGGACGACACCCUCCGGGCAUACUUCUUCAUAUGGUACGAACGCCGAGUCCAAUAAUUGUUAUAUAGUUUAAUAAGAAUAUUUCAAACUACCUCAAUCGAUGUAAAAUUCCUUGAUAACUCGCCUGUUCCUCGGCAUUGAUAUCACAUGUUAUUCAAAUGGCUCCUGACAGGCCGCAUCCUUCGAAUGGUAUUUUUGCUCUUAUUGCUCGGUGUUUUGGCCAUGGUUCUGCAUGCAUUCCACCUUUGCAAAAUAUGUGAAAUUGUCCACCAUUUUACCCAUCUCUACCAAAACAGCUGAGUUACUACUGGAAGAACUGGAAAAUUCACAGAGAUCGUAAUAUGUCUAUAAAUCGUGAAUUUACAGACUUUUGAAAGAGUGAAAAUUUUCCCUACCUUUACAUUAUGGAAUACAAAAUGUCCCCCAGUGUAAAAUCAUUUUUGCAGACAUUUUAUACGGUUUUUAAUAUCUUUAUAUGUAGGAUGUUUAUAAAAUGACUGUAAAUUUCAGCUUCGGAAAUACCGCGCCUCCUGCAAUCCCUUUUAAUGCCAAUGUCUGUACAGUUGAUAUCAGUUGUACUAAUAUCGGCAAAUAUAUUUUGAAUUAGGUAAACGGUGGCUGGUUAAGAGAAAAAUAUUUUAAGGGGAUGUUAAAAAACUUCAUUUAACACUAAGCGCCUUUAACCACGCAUUUUUUAAUCAUGAGUAUGUCUUUUCCUAGCAACUGGAGCGUUUACAGGCGUGUUUACCUGUUGAAAACUGAGUUAUUUACGAAGCGAUAUUUAAGCUAAUUAUGCAACUAAAAGUCACCAGCAGAUCGAAGUAUUAAGUUGGAGAUAACGUCUACAAUUUCUCCACAUAAGGCUAAUGAUAAAUCAUAUGUUUUAAAAACUUCUUCAUAGGCCACAGCUGAUGACGCCGAAGUCGUAAUUGAUGGUCUCGGUUCCCGUGAAAACAGUUCGACUGCAUUCAAUGCAUUUGAAGUAAUAGCAGUGCUAGAAGACGUUUGGAAGGAUGUCAUAAAAAGAUUAAAGAACCGCAACGAGACCAUACGAAUAACAACUGAGACCUUUGCGGGUAAGACCUUUUUGCAGCAAACAAGAUUAUCAAUUGUUAUUACUGUUGUCAGUAACAAAAUUGACCUGAACUAACGCGUGAUUUGAUUUUUAAUAAGUGGAAAGAAAUUGAAAGUAUCGGAAAUUGGAUAUGUAUAUGGGCUGUUUCCGCUUUUAAAUUUCCCGCGUGGAAUCGUUUCAAAAAAAAUAUGUUUUUCGGUCCCACUCUUGUAAAGUUUCACCGCUCUUUUGUAUGGAACAGUGGCAGCAACCAAGAAACGUCCGAUCAAUUUUAGGUUUCUGGGAAACUGCCCACCUACCCCUCCCUUGAGCUAACAUUAACACUUACUUCUUAUUUAGGGCAAAAUGGUAGCUUAGGGGAGGGGUAGGUGGGCAGCCGAAAGGUCAUAAUCAUUCAUAAUGUUAGGAAAUUCCCUUGUUUUCAACUCAACACUAUUUGUUUCCUUUUACGUUAAAUCCUUGAAUCGAAGGCAGUAAUUUUGAGUUCAUUCUCAAAACCACAAUUGGUAAUCUAAUAAUAGCGGGGCUCCCGCGCGCGCGAAGCGCGCGUGGGACAGAGCCCCAUACCCAUGGAAUAUGGUCAACCUCUUUUCGUUUGGUUGUCACGUGAUUGACCGAGCGUACGUACGUACGUACGUACGUACGUACGUACGCGUCUACAGAUUGUAUGGGUGGGGUAGGGAGACUAUCAAAAGGAAGGGAGGGGUGUCUCAGGCGUGUCUUGGCAAGCCCACAUCUUUAAUAUAGGACAUUAACAAUAUGGUCAAUUGACAGCUGUCCAAACAGGAUAGCCACUGACCAGUAUCCCAUGACCAUAUCACGGGUUCAUGUGUCAACUCAUCGAGGUGACGUGAUUUAUUUGGAAGCUGUCCGCUGACCAGUUAACUGUUUUACUAGAUCGCGAACAACGUUCAAUCUCAUACUUUUACUAGUUUGGAAGCACAGGAAAACUGAUAAUGCACACAUAUUGGACAUCAAUGUUUUGAUCAAUUGACAGCUGUCAAAACAGAGUACCCGCUGACCAGUAUCACUUGACCGUAUCGCGGGCUCAGGUGUCGACCCGUCGAGGUCAAGUAUUUUUUGAAGUUAUCCGCUGACAAGUAAACUAGUUUUCAAGUGAUCGCAGGCUCAAGUUCAAUUUUUUUUUCUUAAUUCAUAUGAAAUAUGUUGUGUUUAUGUGCUGCACAAUUAAAAUUUUGAUUGCAAACUGACCUCGGACGUGAAAAUUCAGCCAGCUGUUACAGGCAGGGAAGACAGUUGCUUUUUUUUUUUUCUCACAAUGGUCACGCGUUGGUCACGCUCUACGUCCAAUUUUUAUGCUCUGAUUGGUCAAAAUUUGACAUGUGAGUUCAUGCGCAAAAUUUAUGCAGCAUCUUGAAUCUUGUUUACUUUAACAGCUGAAGCUGACAGAGUUUUGUGUCAACUUGUGAUGUUUUUAACUGUCUUUUUCCACUGGAUGUACAAAAUGAAAUUCAGCUGCUAUCAGGAGUCUUCUGUUACUCAUGGCUAGUUUGUUUAUUGGGUUUUGGUUGAGAAAACGUCGCUUGUCAAAGUCGGAAAUCCGAUUUCGGAUGGCAUCGUUUUCGUUUUCACCUUGCUUGAUGCGUAAGAGGAUUGCAAAGUCUGAAGCGAUACUGGCUUUACCUGAUAACUUUCAGGAGCUGCAUUUCGAAUGGUAAGCCAGAGAAAUUAUUGUAUUUCAUGUUUGUUUUUGUAUCUAAUUUAAUGAAGUGGAGCGUAGUUUAUGCGGGAAUUUAGUUUAUGCGCGUUUGUAAGUUUUGAGACAACGAUCUCACCGAGUAUCUGGUUUGAUAUAAUCUUACAGAACUUUAAAAAAGCCUUUAGACAGUUUCUCACCGCAAAUAUAAAGAAAAUGUUCCAAAGAAUCUUUAGUUAUAAUUCUAGCCGGAAAAGAAAGCUUUGAGCGAUUUUCUUGCCUCGAGUUCGUCUUUGAAAAAAAACAAACACCGGGAAGCUGGCUUAAAACAUAAACUUCAGCAAACUUAAGCUUGAAGCUUGAAGACUCAGGAUAUUUAGGGACACUUUAAUACUUGUCUUCCUGAAUGAAAAUUGUUGUCUCUGUUUAUGUUUCACCGAAUUAUAUUUCUUUUAUUGAUUGUUGGUAGUCUCUCUUGCAAUUUUAAUCGCUAUGCCGAUUGUUUUCAGUCGUUCAGUGAACAUCGCUUGCAGGAGUUCUCAAAAUGCCGCGCGUUAAACCAUCAAAUAAAAAAUAAACAUGAUAAAUUCUUUAUUAUCUUGGAGCGUAACUCUGUUAAUGUUCAUUCAAACACUCGCUAGAGCUCGCACUAAAAAGUGAGAACCGGAUGGCCGUAUAGGUGUGAUUUUUGGAAAUUUUUUUAACAGUUUAUGAAUAUUGAAUAAGAGCAAUUUGUAUUGUGAAAUACUGCUUUCUGUCCAUGGUAUAAAAGGUUGGUUUACACGCACCCAGAUUUGUUGGCAAGAUUUUGCAAAGUAAACUUGUCGAACGCCAAAACGUUGGCCUGAUUUUUUUUUCUAAGCCUAAUUGAUCUACGGUGAUCAAUAGCCAUUACGGCUCUUAAAUGUGAUAAAAGAUGAUUACCAGUUUUUGAGUGUACAUAUGAGGCUAUCAACUCGAUGUAAGAUUUGGUUCCCUCUUGGGCUGUUUGCAAAUUAUUUUUCUCUAAAAUCAGGUAGCCUUACCCUCAAAAGUCACAUAAAUGUGCUCUAAAGUUAACUGAAUUGUGGAAUUCGAAUACAAGUUUAUUGUUUAAUUUAAAUUAUAAAUUUACUAAUGGGAGCCUCGCUUUUAGCCCUGGCUAAAUCUAUAUAUUAUUGUUAUUUUGUCAUAGUGAAUGUAUUAUUUAUUCGAUCAUUAUCAACAUCAAAUCAUAAUCAUACUGUCUUGUUUCGCUAAGAAUAGUCAUUGAAAUAAUGAGUUAACUGAUUUGUCUUUUUUUCAUAUUCAGUGCUUGAAACUGCGAGAAUCAGUGGCGCUUAUGAAUUUCCAGGGCCAAUUGACAAGGCGUCUACUUACAUGGCUCUGCCGCAAAAGCUGCUUAGUGAGGACAAAUGUAAGUACAUGUGGACUGAAAUUCAAUAACGUCAGUUCCACUUGAAAUUUUGGUGUUCAUGCUUCAAUUAUCUUUAUCACUUUUCAGGUACAUUGUCGCAUAUUUACGGUGGUUUGAACACAAUAUUUAAGAUAUCCGUCAUCUUUUUACUCUUGUAAGGAUUUUCAGGUUAAAAACAAAGUCACGUGGUUUCUCAGGAGACAAACAACUGAUAAAAGCUGCCACUACAAACUGUCAACAGAACAACAACAGAAAGUGAAGAUCUUGCAAUUUCAAAAACGACAUUGGCAGACUAUGGGUGGAGGUGACCUUUGUCUCGACAAUGGCUUGUAUUGGAAGCCUUUACUUUUUCUUUGUUCUCUAUGAAACCACGUGAAAUUCCUCUUAUCCCAUUAAUUUUUGGGAGCGUUCACAAAAUGGUGGGUAUCGAGAAUGAGGUCUAUUUCUAUCUGGAAGCAUUGGGUGUACAAAGAAUAUGUGUCAGGUAAUAAGGUUUACUAAAAACGAGGAAGUAUAAAAUCUAGGCCUCUUACUUCCUGAAACUAUUUCAAUAAAGAAAAACGAAUUGAAUUCUAAAGGAAUGUAUCAAAGUUCAGGAAGAGAAGAAGAAAGUUGUUGUCUUCUGUUCUUGUCCUCGACAAAACGUGAAAUUUGGCACAUUCACGUUGCAGUCGUGCAACGACGGUAAAGAAAUUUACAAACUACUGUACUACUGACCUCUUGACAGAGUGUGUGACAUAUUCUUUUUACAGACCCCUGUCGUACCUUUGGUGCUUUGUAUUGGAAUUUACAUUCUGUGGUUCCAGUCCGAAUGUAAGUAUUAUCUUCCAGUCACACUGGAUCCACACUGGUUUCCACUAUUUUUGAAAAGCGGUGGUAUUUUUGAAAGAUUUUGAAUUUUAAAUUUUUAGAUUAUCCACGUACUAACUCUUCUAACCCCUUUGCGCGCCUUCUUUGGUGACGCAGUUGUUUUUCUUCGAUCCGCCCUUUUUAAAAUCGUUUCCUACGCCAUUCACCAAGGUGUGUAUUCAUUUAUUAACUUAUUCACUCACCUUUGCAGGAACGGUACAAAUCGGACUCUGAAGUUGAACAGUCACGUGAUCUCCAUGCGACUCUGUGUCCCGUUGGGAAAAGGCUCAAAGAGUUACGUUACGAUUGUAAUGGAACAUAUUAAGGUAAGAACUCUUUGACGAUACAUAUUUUACAUAUUACUGUAAUGAGGAAAAUAAACCUCGAGUACCUCAAAGGUGCACGAUGAAGUCUUUGAGCAGUUUGACACUAAAAUUUAGUGUAAUGUCCAUCCCACGAAUCACUGUCAGUUCAAUGCGCUUCUUAAUAAUGAAGCUGCCAAGAAUUUACUCGGUACUGCUGUACUAAACCGUGAUUCGUUUACUAGGUCCUCAAAGACAAUGAUUUCACAUACUGUGCUUACUGGGACUUUUCUUUGACGUAAGUGGAGGUUUUACUUUCCUUUCUUUUCACAUUAUUCUAGUAGCGGUCUAGUUUCUAGUAAAUGUUGCCUUUCCAAAGUCGUUGUUUAUUUUCCUAACACUCCAUAAGCCGAGUUUUACCUGAAGGUUUUGGUGGCCAAUGUCGUAUCAUCGUGGAAAGAGUUGGAAAUGCUCCAACUUUUUAGCUUUUUUUACUUCUUCCCCCACACCCUGGCUCAGUGUUGUUCAAAGCUAAAGUGUUUGUGCCAGGAAUUGUUCUGUUAUAACCCAACAUUGAAUGGGGUGGAAACGGGGAGGGGGGGUGGGGGGGGGGGAAGUAUUUAGCACAUUUGAUAAACUCUAUAAAAUGACACAAUGAUGCUGUUAAGUUGAACAAGUCUCUGUAUUGUUACCCUUUUUUCUACUAGACGUUAACGUGGUCUCAAGACGUCUUAAACACUUUAACCUCCCUAGCAUAAAACGGUCAAUGCCCCGCCCCUAACAAAACACAAAGAAACAAGAAGACAAUUCUUAUUUUGCGAUCCUCAAAAAGGACGAAGAAAACGAACAUGACAUUACAAGGCUAUUCUAUUCUUUAGCUCUACAGCUGGGGAAUCUCUUUCAUUUACAAAGUGCUUCCUUGUCAUUUUUGUAGAUUUUCCUUUGUUUGCAAUCUUGUGUGUGACAACAAUAAUGCUGACCGUACCGUCGACAACACCAUAAAACUGCCGCUAUUUUUGUUUCGUUGUUCUUAAAGGAGCUAUUUGCCUUCUUUUUAAAAGCAAAAACGCGUUCUUGCAUCACAUUAAUUCCAACAAUUAUGGUCCAGUUUUGUCAUUUAAGACUAUUUUUAAGCAUUCAAACUGUUUCCUGUCAUCUCUUCGGACGGAUGAACGUGGAUUGAAACUUUUAAAGUUGGGCCUACUUUUUCAGGUUUUAAUAUUAUGCUUGCGAAAAUCAACUUCUUUAUAUAAAAAUGUCUUCUUCAACACUCUACAGGAGCAUUUUGUCCAUGGGUAAGGGCACUUAUAGGAAUGACUUCCGCACAUAAUUAACUUAAAACAGCAAUAGGGCCAUUUAUACGAAGAAAAACAAGACGCUGUGUGAGCGUAUAUUUGGGCGUGGUCGUGCUAUGGGUAUGAUACUUUGAACAUGCCUUAUUGCAGCUAAAGAACUGUCAUCAUAUCUUACCAGAGAAGACAAAUCCUUUACUCCACUUGUUUGCUGAACCACACAGCUUAUACAGUAUGUCCCAAUCCACAACAAAAAUAGUGCCAUUUCACGACAAUGUUUGAAAAUAUGCAAAUCUUCAAUGCAGACAUGCUUGGAGCCAAAUUGCAACAUAGGACAUAAGUGGUUACAGCCCGGAGAGUAAGGUUUAUCUCACCUCCACUGAUACUGACAGAUGUGUUUUCACACCCAUAACUUUGUACAGUGUAUUCCGGUUACUAACAAGGGCAAAUAAAGUUCCUUAAGUCCAGUAUCCACAAGGAUUAAUAAGAGAGUAACACGUUGCAUAAACUGCUAUCGGGCAGCACUGUUUACAGGAACAUUGGUAACUAUUAACAUUUGAUAUACUACAAUUUUCAACAUUGCUUGAGAAAAGAUGAGGUUCAAAGGUGGCAAUAUGUACACCUUUAAGUUCAUAUAUAUCCUCAUUCCUAUGCAGAGUGUGAAAAUACUGUACUAAUUUAUGCAUGGAUGGUAUUUCCAACAAUACACAUGUCCCUUCACUAUGACUGUUAUGAUACAUAUCUCUAGCAUGAGAAUCAAAUACAUUAUAUACCCCAGCCUCAGUGCUGUAGAUACCAGCACCAAUAAUUGUCACCGUUAAAAUGAAUGAGUUGUAGUUCAGUGCCAAGAGUGUUGGAAAUGCUGUAACCUGUGAGUGGCAUAUACAGUAGUGAUGGAUGUUACAAGUGUAACUGUCACUGUAUUCAAGGUGGAAAAAUUGCUCAAACACUGUAACCGUUCCUGGCAAUUCUGUUAACAUUGACAUGGAUUGUCUUGCAAGCAGUGACAGACAAGAAUAUAAUUGAAUACCAACAAUCAUUAUUUGAGUCAUAUCAUCAACUGAAGUCAUCUUUGUUAUCUUACUGUAAAUUAAAGCGCACGGACUCAUUGCGACACAUCGUUGUCCACCAUUUUCCCCAAAUCCUGUAACAUUUCCUUGACAGUAUGGAGCAUUAAUUGUUUUUGUAGCAUCUACAUAAACUGAAGGUCCUGGAUUCUUCUCUGUAUCAGUACAAAGCUUAAAGUGGCCAAAAUUAACCCGGUGAAUCAAACUGUUUUAAGCACUAUAAAAUGGAUAAUUACAUGUACAGAGGGGCAAAUUCUUACUUAGAAGCCUAUUUGGAUAUCUCAUUCCACCUAAAUCGCCUGUGCUCUGCUGCUUGGACGACAGAUGCACCUUCCCUCGUUUACAAACUAGUUUUGUAGUUGUCCCUUAAGUAAAAACCUCACAUUGUUACUGUUACUUCUGUACCUGUUUAAGUGUAAACUUUUUCUACUUUUAACGUAAAAAUGAAUUUACCACGACAAUGGUGUAUUUUUCCGAAUACUCUUCCAUACAAAAAGUGUCACUUUCCGUGUUUUCUGUAACAAAGAUUUUAAUUGUUCAUUGGUAGUCUGCUAGGGGCAUGACGGUAUAACCGGUCAUUUUGUUCCAUGUUCAGAUCGUUGACAUCGUUCCAAGUCAGAUCAUUCCAAUCAAUAGUCAGAUCGUUCCAUAAAAUAGUCAGUUCGUUCCACAAAAAAGUCAGUUCGUUCCACAUAUGAAAAGUCAAGUAAGUCUUUCUAAAUUUGUUGAGUGAACUUUAUCGAGAAGAAAAAGGUUUCGUUCAUACCACAAGCUGAUAAAAUAAUAAUCGAUCCAAAGUCGAUUCGAUCCAUCCUAAAUCGUUAGAAAACAUACAAGAGACGAUUUUAACCAGCCACGGGCUUUAACAUUUAAACUGCUGCUUUGAGAGUUUUGAGCUAGAAUCGAUCGAUAGUUUUGAAAGAUAUAGCACAACAAGUAAAAGCUAUGCCGCUCUGAAGGUACAGUAUUUCGAAGCGCUUGUAACCUAAAUAUUUCUUCGCAGCGGCCGAUUUAUGCAAAUUUUGAAAACAACGCGAGUUUCGAAUUACAAUCUCGAUUUUAUGGUAAUUUUUCAUGCCGAAAAUAUAAUGGACUAACCUAGUUUAAACCAAUGAAAUUGUAAGUCCUGUUAUAAAUAAAUUUCCCACGACGAGAUCUCAAUUCAACUUCUUUUAUUUCCUCCACAACACAAUUUUCCUUCUGUACAACUAGCUCAUUACCUUCUCUUGUCGUCACCUCGCUGCCAUCAAAACACUAACACAAAACUUGCUGAUAAUGCAAAAUCCCGACGCACAGCAUCGUAUGAAAAAACACAACACGCAAUACAAAAACAAGUAAAUUAACUGUCACCCUGCUAAACAAAGUUGAAAUAAUAAAAAGGUUGCAGUUAUCACAGUAGUUCCAAAAGAAGCCUCAGUCCCUUUUGGUUUCAAUUGUUGACAAUCGUCUCUUCCUUCAUCGGAACAGAUUUUUAUCACGGGCAACUCGUUGUGCUCCAUAAUGCAAAAAUCAAAAUCACUAUUGUCACAGUGAUAACCAGCUACACAAACCUUGCGACUCUCAAACUUGUUAAACAUUCCUCUGUUAAAACUCUUAUCCAUUUUACACGUACACUCCUGACAUUCCGAUUUGUUAUUACGUCUAUGGGGUCCAUGAGUCUUUCAUGUCAUUGAAUGUCUUGAUAAUUUCCUUUGUUUUUCUUUGAGUUCGCGGACCAGCCCAUUCCGAAAACACUCAGUGUUAUUUUUUUAGUGUGGGCCUACCGCGAACAGUGUGUGCAUUUGUAAGUUUAACCCGGGAUAACAUGAUUGAACAAUACUAAAAUUAACACGUUCCCUGAAACGCCGCGGACAAAUGUUAUCCAACCUGCUUCUUACUGCUGCUUCGAAAAAUUUCGGAUCAGACGAUAUCCAAAUCGUCCCUCAUUGGAUCAUCCACUCGACCUAACAAAAUCGACCAAUCACAAAAAAUGGACAUAAUAUAAAGAAAACAGCAAAUUCAGAUGACCUCUUAGGAAACAAGCAAUUAAAACUGUCUUUCUAUGAUUGGUGCAUUUCGAUCCUCUCGUCAAAAAAAAUGUCAGACGUCAAUCAUCUUAGCGGACCUCUUAGGAAACGAAAGUUUUCUUCAACGGGUUCAAAAGGUCAUUGUUUAUGAUUUGUGAUUGGUGGAUUUCGAUCCGUUUUUUGUUUCAAGGUUCGUUGCUUGCGAUCUUAUUGUGACCAAAACCCGACGUUUAUAUUCCAAAUAUUUUUGAUAGAUUUCAUCCCUGGACUUCAAACUUCCAAAUCUCGAUGAGGCAAAAAUACUGAAGAUUCAGAUUAACUUUCGAGAUCGUAAAAGUGCGAUUAAGUGCCGUGUGCAAGCAGAGCUUUCUUUCCCACAUGCCUCUUACCUUGUACAAGACGUUCGCAUGGCAGACAUUCGCCUCGCUUCGCUUGUUUACUUGCCUUGUUUACGUUAGCACGUAUUGCGUGCCUAUUGCACAUUUGCGUCAAAACAAGCCGUUUCCAUUACUCUAUUUGGGCCACGCCCAAAUAAUAAGACGCGUCUUACAUAAGACGCGUCUUAAGACGCGAACUGUACCAUUUAUACGAGCAUGUCUUAUCUAAGACGAGAACAGCUCAUAUAAAUGGUUUGCGUCUUAUUUCUGUUCUUGACUCGUUUUCAUGUGAAUGUUGCCCGUAGCAACGGCAAUCCAACAUGGCGCGCCAAAAAUUAACGCAUGCGUACUAUGCGUUCGCGUCUUAUGUAAGACGCGAAGGUCAUUUAUAAGAAGUUUUUCUCGUCUUAGCUAAGACGCGUCUUAUCUAAGAGCAGGUGUUAAGGGCUGCUCUAAAAUAAGACGCUUCUUAGCUAAGCCGCGUCUUAUUUUAGACGGAAUGUGCCGUUUAUACGGAAAGUUCGCGUCUUAUUUAAGACGCGUCCUACGUAAGGCGCGUCUUAUUUUUCCUCGUAUAAAUGGUCCUAGUGUCUUCUUGACACAGCCCUUUCAAUGCGAAUUCCUAAAACUAAAAUAUAUUCAAGUCAAUUUUACUAAACUAUCCUUACAUUUUCACCAGCACUGUGCAUGGCAAAGGGGCUUGGUCACGUGAUGGAUGUCACGUCAUCACUGAGGGCUCUAACAGAACACAUACAGCGUGCGCCUGCGACCAUCUCACCAACUUUGCUGUACUUAUGGGAUCUGAGGAAGUCUCGGUAUGUGCUUUUUACAGUUGAAGUUCCCUUACAUACACGGACCUCUCUGAAGUUGACGCGUAUGUACUAUCCGUUUUGAAAACUGCAUGUAUUGCAGUAUAAGGACUGCUCGUGUCAUAAUAAAGUUGAUUAGGUUACGCAUGAUAUCGUUAAUAAAUUGUAUACAAAUUAUACUGUAAUAUCAUGAGUUGAUAAAAAGAGACUGACAAGAAUAAAGAUUGUUGACCAUGAUUUCAACCUUUUGUUCGAAAGGCUGUUUCUUAGUUUGUUUGUUUGUUUUUUGUUUUUGAUCAGUUCCACAUGACUUUUAAAAAGCUUCUACUGACUUUAAUUUGUUGAAAUGUUUCUUUUACACCUGCAGCUUUCAGAAGCCAAUCAGUUUGCUUUGAUGCUCAUUACGUACGUGGGUUGCGGCUUGUCCUUACUGGGAUCAGUUGCUGCCAUUGCAUCACUCAUACUCUUUACGUAAGUUGUCAUUAACGCAUGUACUGUUUUAUAUUUAUUCAGUUUUUUUUUACACAUUUUACGCAUUUCACGCACUGAACAUGAAUCAGAAAGGCAGGCUGUCAUGAUUUCUUAAGUUAGGCUAUGUCUUCGCUAUAGAACAUUUACACAUGACGUCACGGCGGCCAUGUUGGUGUUCUAAAACAAUGAAACGGCGGCCAUGUUGGUGUUUCAAACCAACAACUUGGGAGUCGAACUCUUUUCUUAUGUAAACGCCUUCUUUUGUUCCAAUGACUUUGAAUACAUGCGGGCCACGUGAGUGAAAACGCUCUGUAUCGGAUAGGUAUUCGUGUCGACAACUUAGCAACAGCGCGGGACUAGAGCAAGUUUUGCCUGAGCGGUUGGCCGAGAGGGUAUGGUGCACUUAAUCCCAAUCCUCACUCCUACAUAUUUACUUCCGGUUCAGUGGAUUUGAGGCCUCUCUCCUACUUCUUCACUUGCGCUACGGUUCAAAUACCUGUUCACGCUACACCAAAGUGUAGCACAGAAACUAGGGACUUUAAGAUCCAACCACGCGACCGCUAAAAGAACGUCGCUUAAAAAGUGAAUUUACGUUCUUUCAGUCUUAACAGCGAUUAUUCCUACCCACUAACUUUGUCAAUUGUAGACGAACCUUCCUGAAGCUGAAUUUCAAGGAACCAUAUUCAAGCUCAGAAAGAGAAAUAAAAUUUCGUCGUUGUUUGUUUACGUUCUCCAUAAAACGCGAAAUUAGGCAUUUUCACGUCCUAGUCGUGCAAAAACGGGAAGGAAAUGUACAAAAAAGUGUGAUGCACGUGCGAAGUUGUUCGUUGUCCUCCGCGUCGUUGGAUCUUAAAGUCCCUACUAUUCCAUAUGUGACGCUCCACUCUCGAGAUCGGCUCGGCGCAGCUUCGCUCUGUUGCAAAAAUCGCACCGAAAUCACCGUGAUGGGCUAUAAAUGGUCAAUUUUCAAAUACUUUAGAACAAACUUUAUUAAUUUAAAGCGGGAAUUAGCUUAGGUGAAUUCAAAAUUUGUUUAUCCGACGUGCUGGGUGUGCUGAAGGUAUAAGUCGGGUGGGAACUCAACUCAACUCACCACUUGCGAAUCUACCUUGUUGCCUCCCAAAUUUUUUAAACACACUGUCUUCAGGUUAUGCAAUUUUUUGUGGGGAGGAGGGGGGGUGGGGCAAACAAGGUGCAUUGUGGGAAUGCGCAAGUGCUAAAUCGACUUUUCAGACUUUUCGGAUCGAUAUUACAAUGGAAUAUUUCCCGGAGCAACAGAAAUUGUCAAAUAUUAGUCUUGUUUUCCCUGUCGGAAAGUUCCGAACGGACAUCCGUGUUCCAUUUCUUCAAACCAAUCUUUGACACCAGUUUCAGGCUUUUAGGGCCGUUUUCGGUGAAUGCGAUUUGUCUGUGUAAACAAUAAACGCAAUUUCAGAUCGUAAUUUGUCAAUCCUUAAAUUUGCUUACCAUUUGCCCAAACUGUGAACCGACCCGUGGUAUUAUUCAAGAAACUAAUGAACCCUAUCCCUUGUCCACAUUGUCUCACCCAUAUUUUCAGUCAGGCGGUGUUUUUGCUGUGAUAAAUUUACUAACUUUACUCUUCAACAGGCAGCUCAACACAGAUCGUCAUAUAAUACAUGGAAACCUACUGAUCUCCAUAGCAAUCUCUCAGACCAUAUUCUUAGCUGGCAUCGAACAGACCAGGAAUAAGGUAUAUAUCACAUAUAUUUAAGACUUGUUUAUAUUUUGAAUCAGGUUAUUCUCUCGUUUCUCUCAAGAAUUAGCACUAGUCAUCAUGCGACUCAGUGGUAGAAGUGUUUUCCUUAUGUGGCAGCUUAGCGUUUCUUAAGAUGGCUUUCGAUAUCAUGCAAUCCAAUGCAGUAGGACAACUCAAGUUAAGGAAAGAGGAAGAAAUAUUCUUCCUAUGUAAGAAAGACGUCCUUUUUUCUUGAUAUUUACUGGUACGUGUAUCAUACCAACGCUAAACAAUAACCAUGGGCUUUCGUUACGUUUUUUUCCGUUUUUUUUUCUUUCUCCGUGAAUGUACAGCGAAAAUGCUUCAUUAUUUUUACCUCGUGAUUUCCUCAUUUUUUGAUAUUUACUGGUCCGUGUACUAUACGAAUUCUAACCAAUAGCCAUGGGGUUACGUUUCCUUAUUAUUAUCAUUUAAUUAUUUAUAUUUUUUAUAGCUCCAAUGUAAAUUUACAGCGAUAAUGCUUCAUUAUUUUUACCUGGUGACAUUUGGCUGGAUGCUGUGUGAAGGUCUCCAUAUUUACUCCAUGGUCAUAAAGGUGUUCAACGUUUCAUCGAAAAUAUACCACUACACUGUGCUAGCUUGGGGUAUGUAUCCUAGGCCUAUCUUCAGUUUUAGUGGAUAGAAAAUUAAGAUUGUAUAAUACCAAGGGGGUAGUGCCCCUUCAAACUCUCUUGAUAUUUAGCAGUUAUCGAAUGAGGCUGAGUAGCAUGUGAAGAAUUAUGCAGACCGUGGAGGAUGGUUGUCCACCAAGGCUGAAAACAUCCUCCGAGAUCUGCAUAAUUCUUCACAUCAUAUAAAAGCCGAAUUCAAUAUUUCAAAGGUCUUAACAAGCUUGCCUUCUUGUUCGAUUCUCGUAGACUUUCUUUAAAACUUUGGCCUAUUUCUCUGCGAACGGCUUGCUGCAUUCUGAUUGUCUGUUUUUCUAGUGAGGCGUCAUUCAAAAUACUUUUCAUUCUGUGGCUCUUUCUGACUACGUCUUUCACUUUUUUAAAGGCGUUCCAGCAUUGAUUGUUAUGAUAUCUGUUGCAAGCAGGUACUCUGAUUAUGGGACGAAAACCAGGUAAACAGUACAGUUAAUAACUGCAUUUUGCAGAAGCCUUUACGUCCUGGUUAUUUUAGCGGCAAACGUUUUGUUACAUUUUGCUUUUAGUUGCUGGAUUUCAACAGAAGGAAACACUGUACUUGCCUUUAUCAUUCCUGUGACUGGAACUAUUUUGGUAAGUUUGGAGUUUUUCGAAAUGGUUCUUUAGACAUUAAUAGAACGCUUUCAGGGGCGUAUCCAGCCUAUAAACCUGUAGGCCCGGGCCUACAAAUUUUUGGUUUGAUCACUCUACCUCUUGCUAUAAAUUAUGCGUUUUGGGAGUGAGCUAAAAAGCAUAAGAGGUCAAAGUGUUAGUGAGGACCGUACAGGCCUACAACUAGUCGACAAGCUGGCUACGCCCCUGGCUUUAUUCCUUGAUCAUGAACAACAACGGAGUUACCAAAGAGACACUGGUUAGAGGCAACAAAUACAAACCACAGUGAAGAGAUGGGCUUCCUAGGGGUUCGGAGGGGGGGGGGGAGAAGUAGACACCGAGAAGACUUUCGAAAAGUCCUUCCUCCUAGUAAGUAUGGCGAGGGCUUACCCUAAGCGGCCUAAAAAGCCCGCUCCGCUCAGCCUUUUCUGCGGUGAAACUCGUUAGGCUGACUUGAGGCAAUAGAAGCCAGGGAAAUGGCUAUGUGCUUCUGGAAAACAAAGGAUAUCUUGUGAUAACUCCAGGAAAUUCCGGAAGAACUUUAAAUUUUUUUUUUUCUUGAAACAGGCCUUAGGAUACAUUGAUUUUCCAACUUGGAGGAAUAUCCAUUCCACAUUCCAUCCCUCAACCAACCCUCUCCUGAGAGGACCUCACUGAAAAGCGUUAUUAGUUUUUAUUAUUAUUAUUAUUAUAUUAUUAUUAUUUCCUUUACUUUCGACCAAAACGACUAUCAUACGGAAAAAUGCAUGAAGUCGUUGAAUUCUAAUGCGAGGUCACAAUUGUAACAAGAGACAACAUGAAGACGAGCCUCAGGGCUGUAUCUGGACAUUUUGUCACGUGAAUCGACUGACGUCACGUGACAAAUUCGAUCGAGAAAAGCAAAGUGAUAACGCAAAAGCAUGUAAGAAAUGAUUGGCUUAACGGACUCAGAAGAAGAACUUCAAAAAUUCUGUGCUCCUUUUUUCUUUCAAAGUGAGACCUAAAACGUUACGUUUUACGUUCUGUAACAUUUAUUUUGAUUUUAUUGUAAUUCAGGCAAACCUCGUAAUUUUAGCGCUGGUCUUAAAGGAGAUUUGUCGUCUACAGACAUCACAAAGAACAUGUAUGAGUGAAAUCGUCAGGUAACAGGCUGUACAGUUACUUUGUUUAUCAGCCUAUUUACGAAGCGUGUACACGACAAAGAAAAGACGUAAACAAAUUUUGUGUGGGGGAGAAAAAGAGGCAGAUAGUUAAUGGGGAAGAUGGAGAUUAGUACAGGGGCACACAAAUGUUUCCAGAUACAUCAUCAGAGGUAUCUCGAAUUGUUUUCUCCCUGAUUUAGGAGCCUGUUUGGCUAAUUUGGAGUUACCCCCAAAACUCUUAAGCAGUGUUCGGAUGUGUUAAGGGAACAUCAUUCGUUUUCUCGAAAGUUUUAAGAGGCUUUUUCGUUUGUCACAUCCAAAAGUGUUAGCAACCUUGAUGGGUCCGGUAAAACGUUCGUGGACAUGGAGUACCCAUACUUUCAUAAGAUUUUCAUACUAAUCGCGAUAUCUUGGUAAUAAAAUGAGAAAAACACUACCUCCGAAAAUCGUAGGUAAGUUAGUAAAAAUACCAAGCGGUUUUCAGCCUUUCUCGAGAUUCAGAAAUUUCUAGGCUAGGCCGGCUCCUGAUCGGGAGUACGAAGAAACUAGCGUGGGUGAUUCAUGUCGUUCUUAUGGCAACUCCGAUGUCAUUGUAACCCUGAUCAUAACAAAUUUUCAUCUUAAUCUAAUACAGCUGUGGCGGUAAUUUUUCCAAAUCUUGGUUAAUAGCGACGUAGUAUUGCUCAAACUUGGGACGUAGUUAGCCUGAAAAACCCUAUCGGCCACCUUAAGGUGGCCAAUUCACCUUAUAUCUGGCCUCCCACGCAGACGUUUUAGGUCUUCGUCACGCCAGUGGGAAAGGAACGCGUGACGAAGCCCUAAGAACGCGUGCAUGGGAGGCUAGGUAUCCUCUUAACUUAGAGAAAAGAAGAAAAAAGUAAAAAAAAAGUCUCUUGACGAAGCCUUACUAAUUUAGAGAGGUAGGAACCUUAUUGGAAAUUUCAGAGUUGCGUAGGGAACUAGGCGGAGCUUCAGAUUUAAACUAAUCGAUUAACCAACACUACCAUAUUAAAGGUCAUGUCGAGAUUGGUUAUUUGACCAAGUUUGGUGCUCUAAGGUAGAACAGGGAUCACGUUAUGACUCUUGAAACAUGGUUAAAGAGCCAUACAAACCUCUGUAAUUUUGUGACAGCUUCCCCCAAAACCAUAUAAACUCUUAAUUUUUUUCACCAUUUCUGUGAUAUUCCUGAAAAUAAGCCAACAUAGUGAUUUUCGAAUUAUUUCCUUCCAAGUAGUAGAUGCAUGACGAAUUUUACAGUUUAAAAGAAAGACUGAAAACUAUUUUAAAGAGUUUAUAUGGUUUUGGACUUUUGGGGGACGUUACAAUUGUCACUAAAUUACAGACGUUUGUAUGGAUCUGUAACCAUGUUUCAAAAGUCAUAACUUGAUCCCUGUUCAACUUUAGAGCACCAAACGUGGACAAAUAGCCAAUCUCAACACGAACUUUUAUAUGGGGGUGUCAUCAGUUUAUCGAUUAGUUUAAAUUUGAAACUCGCCCCAGUUCCCUACGCAACUCCGAAAUGGCCAUAAACUCGAAUAAAAGACGGUGAGGGAAUUGGAUAAUAACGAGUGCUGACGCAUUUGUUUCUCCAACAAUUGUAAAUUUAAUCUUAUUUGUAUGGCAAAAGUAGGCUUUUUGUAAUCUUAAAUGCUUAUCCUAUUGCAAUCGAUGUCCCUUUAUUAUUGUAAAUUAAAACAGUUUUGUUUUACCUUAAAUAUUUUUUCAUUACUGUUUUAGAUCCACUAUCAAGUCACUCGUGGUUCUUUUCCCUCUUCUUGGCAUCACCUGGUUAUUUGGUCUCUUGGUGUUUGCUACACAUGAUGUAACAAUUCAGUAUUUAUUUGCCUUGUCUAACUCAUUACAGGUACAUUUAAUUAUUUUAUUUACACUUAAUAGAAACUUAAACAGAGCCACACGCCUUGAAGGCGAUGCUGGCACGAGUAGCGGGACAAGACUCUUACAUUCUACUAAGUAGUUAUCGCACUUUCUGUGUAACCUGUAUCUAUGUGUAGAUUUAGACUCGCUUUGAUACCUUUUUCAGUUUUUGUAAGUAAGUUUAUCAAAGUAAAUGUUAUGGAAAGAACGCAACUGGUCACAAAGUAUUUCAGGGCAUUUUCAGGGGCAGGGGGGAUUUGAAUAAAACUGUCACUAUUCUCUGUCUUCAUAUAUACUUCUACACAUGUGUUUUGGACGAAUCGUGUACUCCUCCCUAAAAAAUACGCGCUUGCCCACAAGCGAUAUUCCCGUUUCUUUGGUUUAGCCAAUCUCGUUUCGACUCCCAAACUUUAGAAGCCUUGACCUUGGCAUAUCCCACACAGGGAUUUAAGGGGGGAGCGGGCGGGGGCUGUGUGGGCAUAUCCCAAAAGGCGUUUUUAAGAAGAAACGUUUUUCCUUCAAACGCCUGUGUCGGAGGCAUAUGUUUUGUGUUUGGUCAACCUGCCUUACCGGGCACAUGUCCAUUUGUUUUGAUUAUGCACUGCUAAGAAAAGCGCCACCGAAUGGAAUUUUGCUUAUCGAUUGUUCAUUCCUGUUUUAGCUAAAAAAAAAAAAAUUUUUUUCUUUUUAGGGCUUCUUUAUUUUUCUUUUGCAUUGUCUUUUUAAUUCAGAGGUAAGUAACAACUCAACAUUGGUGGGAUGACACUCAGAAGUUUUAAUCUUUACUCUCCCUAAAGCACAAGUUAUGUGACCGGCAUACGAGAAAAGGAUCAGAGUAUCUACUCUAGACGACCACAGUAAACUAUUAAAAAACCACAGUAAUCUAUUAAAUAAUUCAGAAUCGACUGACUGACUAACUGAGAUAUUUCUGACUGAAGUAGUAGUCUACUAGAAGUCUAGUCACUAUGAGCUUGAUUUGAAUCACGGGAUAUUGUAGAACAUGCUUGCUGAUUAUCAUGGAGUUUUGGGUAAAGUUUGUCUGCUAAGUUUUGAUCUCUUGUAUCAAGUGCCAUCCUCGGGAAUCAUUACAUGAGGACUGACUGGUAUGAGCGAUGAGCCUUAACAGCAGAAAGAAGUAACAUCAAUGUCACGUUUCUUUAGAUUCGUAAGACCUUUAAGCGCAAGAAAGAAAUCUGGAAGACUCUUAAAGUGUUUGCUUACUUCCGCAAGCGGAUAUUUGCCUCGUCCGUUGUACCUGUAGCUCAUCGCAGUUCUCUUACAGAUAAAGUCGCCACAUUCAAGGUAAGCUGUGUUAAAUAAAACGCCUUCUUCCAGUGGCUACGUGAGGCUGAUCAAAUAAUUGUCGUGACCAAGAGAACGUUAUAAUAAAGAAGAGUAAAGUUAGCUAAAGUAAAUACAUAUAAUGCAUACGUAAAAAGAAAAUGCGCGAACGUGACCCAAUAGGCCAGCGUAAGGCGUUUCCCGUAAAGUAAACAUAACUUUACAGAAAACUGAUUGACUAACUAUGAACUCAGCUUGACAAGGCGCCAUUCAGGUAAAAUAGCUUAUUUCUCAUCAAGGAAGUGCAUUCUCUAUAAGUAACAGAAAACUAUAAUCAUAUGUUGAAGGCACAGUCAACUUGCUCCAACUUGCUUCGGGGCACUCUAUAAGACGGACACCUUUCUAAAUAGGACACCUGGGCAGUUCUUCAAACGUUGGAUAGCGCUAUCCACUGGAUAAAUUACUGUCCAGUGGAUAGACCAAUGGGAAACCAAUUGCAUUAUGCUGGAUAGAGAUUUAUCAUGGAUGGCUUUAUCCAACGUUUGAACAUCUGAGGCCUGGAGUUAGCCCCUGGGCGGCUGCUCCCCGAUCCACUUAGAGCAACCCUCAGUGCUGGGGCUAAACUACAGUAAUGUAAAGGCUCUUUCUUUUAUGUCAAGAACUUGAAAUAGUCAUCAGUCUGACUAACAAAUCUCAAGGCCUACGCGCUCAUUUUGCCCCCCCUUCAUCUUUCCCUUUUACGGGUAUUUCAGGCUACUUUAAGCUAAACAAAAACGAAUCACUUGUCCAAGGCCGCGCACCAACCAACUGUGGUAUCCUUGUUCCUGUGCUAACCCCUGGUUAGUGGGUUAAAGAGAGUUGUGCCUACUACACGAUGUGAAAAAUAUGAAUACACCAAUCAAGCUUGCAUUUGUUUGAUUGUCUCUCCUAGGUGACGUCAGAGCAGUGAGGGUGACUUCCUUUGGUAGCAGUGCGAAAUCAAACUCAUUGUGCAAAUGCUAUUUUCUAGUUGCCUCUAUCCUCUUUUUCAAAACGAGCGGGCCAAGUCUCUAGGUCUUAGAUAUAAAAAAGUUUUUAUCCCUCGUGCAAAUAAGGCUCAUUAUCACGUGAAAGUUGUAGCGUUUGGCCUCACUUUAAAAGCGGAGGUAUUUGGAUCUCGGUAAUGGCGCGGCGUUUUCGACUCUGUAUUGUAUAUUUUGUAAAUCAUUGAAAAUAGAUAUUAACUAGCUUUUCCGAUUCAGUGGAAUUCCUUUGGACAAACGUGGAAUAGGAAUAAAUUUGUAUGUAAGCCAAGGAAGG